AUGCGUCAUGGUUAUAAGGCUGGGGAGUUAGCAUUACUAACUCCGGCCACGGCAAGAUCAAAGAGUGCCCUAGCCGAGGGGGUGCUGAAGGAGGAAGGAGCCAUGAAGCUUGGAAGCCCGAAGAAACCACGAGAGAGCUGCCGUGGUCAGGGCGGCAACCGGUGGGGGGCGAGAAAGGAGCCCAUGAUUCAUGAUGACUACCUGAACUGCCAUUGGGUGUUUAGGUCAUCCUCGUGGGUCGUUUCUAGAUAG